UUCGAGGCGGAGGGAUGGGAAGAUGGGGAUGGCAUGAAGCCAGUCCCCUGCUCCAUAUCCAGCCAGGGAAAAGAGGCGUUGGGUGUGCCCAGAGAGUGGGUUUGGGUCCAUUGUCCGCGUGGCUGCCACCUGGCCGGCGUAUCGCACGGCCUGGACUUCGAGGGAUAAGCGGUGUUGGAGUGGGGAGCCGGAGGGUUCCCUCCUCUCGGAGUGCAGGAGCUCCCGGGCUCGUGGGGGCAUCGCCGUUUCACACUUCGCCAGCCAGGUAUGCAAGUGGGUGGGGCUGGUGAAAGGUGGCGUGAGGUGCCGGACAGCGUCAGCCAGGGGCCCUCCUGACGCUGCUGGGAGGGCAGCCAAGAGGCCCUGGGCUUGGGUGAGGCUGGUGAGGUAGGCUGGGUGUCCCUCAAUUGCGGGGUCGGUUAGACCCAGUCCUCCAAGGGAGGGAGGGAGGGACGCUUGAGCCCAAGUGCGCGCCUGCUCCACCUCCCCUCGAGGCGGUUGGAGGUUGCAGGCACGCAGGAGGGUAUGGAAGAGCUCCCUACCCCAGUCGGACCAGACUUCCAAGGGUAGGAAGUCAAGGGGGGUGGUGCGGGUUAAGUAUGAGACACGCCGGGACACGCAGCGUGUGAGGAGGAGGGAUGAGGACUGAGGGUCCAUUGUGGCCAGUGUGGCGAGGGGUUCGGCUAGCAGGGCUAGCUGGGUGCGGAGGAAUGCGGCUGUGCCCUCGGUUGUGCCUAUAAAGCUGCCAAGCACGCGGACGCCUUCAGUGUUGAAAGGUAUGUCUGGGGGAAGGCGGUCGGGUGCAGGGCGCUCGGCUGACCAUGCUGCGCAUUUCGCGGGGUUGUGGGAGAGACCGAUGCGGUCCAUGGCGGCUGUGAAGGUGAGGAAUGCCGAGGUGCAGGCGUCCGGGUUGCCGACGAAAGUGACGUCGUCAGCGUAUGCGAGGCAAAGGACCUCGGGGUGGGCCGCGGCGGUUGCCUGGAGGGCUGGGUGGAUGGCUGCUGCGAAGAGGAGGGGGCCCAUGGGAUCCCCUUGGCGAACUCCCCGUGCGCUGAGUAGGGGCGGGCUAUCAAACUCAGCGUCGAGAUAGAGCAGAGACGGCGCGCCAUACGAGAAUUGGAUAAAUGGAAGGAGCGGGCGGAGGGGCGAGGUGUUGAUUGCGUGGAUGAUUGCCCCACGGUCAACGCUAUUAAAGGCGUUCGAGAGGUCGACUUGUAGGAUGAGUGAGCCCGGGCGCGCAGAGGUGAAACCCCUGGUGGCGUGGAUGAUUGUUUCCCCGCCGCUCCUGAUGGCUACUCCGUAUUGGUGUGGUAGGAAGUAGUCUUGCGCGGAUUGCGUAGAGGAGAUUAGCGCGGCUUUUGCCGCCAGUCGAUGGAGACACUCCCCUAUUGCGAUGGGGCGGGUACCCCCAUCUGGCUUGGUAAGGGCCAGGAGGCGUGAGGAGGUAACGAGCUGGCUGACCUCGUGCGGCAGGUUACCCGCCAGUAACCGCUGGACGAGCUUGUGGAGGUUUGUGGCGACGGCGGGGUUGGACAGCGAGGCGUCGCGAAGGUGCUCGAAGGUCAUCCCCGAGGGGCCUGCCCCAACUCCAUUUUCGGAGCGGGCGAGGAGCUUCGCGAACGUAGCGAAAUCGACUGUCGGCGGCCUGCAGUUUUCGUCAAGCCGUGGCCAGGUGAGGCUUUCGACAAGCGGAGGGGGGUGUUUUGACUUCAGCGCGUCCAGGACCGUG